ACCAAAACUGCCCAUCUCAUGAACAAAUAGCACGCAGUGUUUCCCAAGAAUACGCGGACCCGGCUCCAAAAAGACGCAUCACAAUCCGUUCCCGACUGCCUUCGGUCGGUCUCCGAUUGUUCUCUCCGAUAUUGUUCAAUCUUUUUCGGGUCUUGAGCAUACAAGAACGUGCAAAAGAUCCGAUCUUUGUGUGCCUUUUGGUUGGAAUCGAGACGCUGUUCUUUUUCCCUUCUCAAAAUCUUAAAUUGAAGGUUAGAAAAGAAUCUUUCUCAAAGCAUCGGGUCAAGAAAGGUUAGGCAUGUAGGAUACCAGAAUCAUGAAGUUCAAAAAAGGGAAUACGGUAGAGGUUUUGAGAAGAAAAGAGAAGCAGUGUAGUUCUUGGUUCCCUGCUAUAAUUUCAUAUGUACAUGGAUACGAGUAUACUGUAAGUUAUGAGCUAUUUCUGACUUCCGAUGAGAAGCCUGUGGUAGAAACAGUACAUGAGGAAGAUGUUAGGCCAUGCCCACCGCCACUGAAUCACAAAGCACAUUGGGUUGUUGGCGACAUAGCUGAGGUCCUUGAUGUCUGUUCCUGGACGAUUGGGAAGGUUGUCAAAGUUCUAGAAAAUAAUCGCGUAGUAAUCAAACUCUAUGAUUCCAUCCAACUUAAAGAACAUUGUUUGUCUGAUCUAAGAGUACCACAAGCUUGGCAGAGCAACAAAUGGAUUAUGACUGACAAGCAAAUUUUAGGGAAGCAAUUUGGCUAUGAUUACAUCCAACCUAACUCUGGUACUGCAAGAAAUUUGGUUUGUGGUUCAAGUCAAGUCAUUGGCAAACAAGGUUCAACUGGAUGGAGAUCUAAGCAAAAGGAUGUUGGCUGCAGUUCUCCUAUUAAAUCUGCAAAGAGGAAUCUCAACGCCCGAUGUGACUUCUCACCUGUUGAUUUGGUUAGGGAAAGAGGCUGGAAAAGGAAAUCCAGCACAGAUAGAUCUCACAAGUCGACUAAAAGAGCACUGUCUAAAAAGGUAGAAGUAGUUUCUUUCUCGAAAGAUAAUGUUACUAAAAAUUUCCUCCAUGAAUCCAGUAAAGACAGACUAGCUAUGUGUCGUCAGAUAAAUGCUGAUGAGGGGUAUAUAUACAAUCAUGCUUUGAAUUCAUCUUCGAUACCUUUGGCAGUUAGUGAAGACAAUAAUGGAUGCUCUGUUGCUAGUUGUAGUGGUAAAGAGUAUCCAGGUCAUACUUUUCAAAACCUCAAAAAACACUCUGAGGAUACUGCUUUUGAUAGUUUGGGUGAUGCCAUGUCGUCAUGUCCAUUAGGAGGAGGAAAAGAGUACGAAACUGAAUUUGGGGAUGAAUUGACUGCUAAUGUCCAUGAACUAGAGCUAUAUGCAUACCAAUCUACUGUGAAAGCUUUGCAUGCCUCUGGUCCAUUGAGUUGGGAGCAGGAAUCACUACUAACAAAUCUUCGUCUCUCUCUCAAUAUCUCUAAUGAAGAACAUUUGCUUCACUUGAGGCACCUAUUAUCUGCUUAAGUUCUUUGUUCAGCAUCAUAUGGUUCUUAAGGUAUAUGUCUAACCUUCUGCAGAGCUUGUCUCGAGAAUUAGAAUUUACAUAGUUGCGAUCUAUUACUAAGGAAGGAAUUGAUAACAUUAGCCAACAAGAAUGCUGGAGUUUCUUUAAAGCAUUUCUUCUAUUCUCAUUUUGUAAUAUAUAUGUAAAUUUUUCUCAAUGCAUUAUGCACUUCUUUUUGCAAUAGCUUAUCAUUUUCUGAUUUUAAACAGAAUCAAUGCUGUUGUAAUUAUGAAAUAAGAGCAAUUGUGGUGCUUCUGAUAUUUAUUUUUUCA